GUAAGCGAAGCCUUCCAACAAGCCACCCAAGCUGUCAACACCGCGCCAGACGAGGAGCGCAACGCAUUGCGUGCGUGAAGUGGGCGGCAACACAACCUUUCCGUUUCUCGUCUUGAACGGCGCUGAUGGUCGACUAAACGAUGGAGUCCCGAGCUGAGGAACGCAAAACCUCAGCCUGGCGACGUACGCGUCGUUCCAGGGUGGAGCCAGAUUACACUGGGAGAUCUGGCAAGUCAGCUUGCCGGCAUCGCGCGCGUACGCAGGUUAUCCAAGGCACGUGUCCUGUUCUCUUGAACUCACACUCUGCCGUAAACGCGCUCAACGAUGUCGAUUACAAGUGGGAUGAAGCGACAGCGACAGAGUUGGGAAUCAAGGCAAUUGCAAGUCAUCGACGCGCCACUUGCGAUUACUUCUCCGCGUCAGGUGAUCAUCAGGCGUGCCGCAAUGAUGACUUCGUCCAUGGCAUAAGCGGAGAACUGCCAUACUUUCCGAUUGGUCAUACCUGUGCCGGCGCUGGAAAGGAUUCCACGAGAGCCAGGCUGGAUCGGUCUUUGGAGGGAAUUAUGUGGAUGUUUCAACGACCUCCUGAAUCGCCAUCAUCACAGAGGAUGAUCCGGGGUUGAAAAUCGUCGAAUGGUCAAGCAACGGCAAGAGCGUGCUGCAGAUCCAGGAGAAGAUCUUGCGAGCAGACGCAGAGCCAGUCGAUGUGACCUUCAGAC